CCCGGCCUGGCCGCGCCGCGCACCCCCUCCCACGUCCGUCAGUCCGUCGGUCCACCCGUCAGUCAGUCUGUGGCCUCACCGAGUCUGUCAAGAGGGUGCGCGCCGCUGUCCUUGGGAACUGGCGCGGGCCCCGGCUGCGCUGCGGGGCAAGACCCUACCCCCUCACACUGACUCCCUUCCGCGUGGGCUCUGAGGCUGGCGGGAAGCGGGGGUGGGGGGUUACCCUCGGGACCCCGGAGAAGUUGUUCCAUCCUUCUGCAGUAUUGGAGAGGUCGAGCCCCAGGUAAUGAUGGUUUCCCCCUGCGCUUUCAGGAUCCCCAGGCGCUUUCCCUGGAUUGUCAUCUUCGAGGUCCCGCAGCCGGAGGACCAAGUUCUCCCGCCCCCACCCACCCUUGCUCGCGCCUUGGCUGGGGUUCCUCGCUGCGAUGGGGAGCCGUGAUUAGGAACCAGUAUCCGAGAUAACCCAGAGCCAAGUUUCGUGUCCUGUGGGGCUGCAUGCUUUUUGAGAAAUAAGAUUGUUGCCUCCAGUUGAUGAUAAUGAAAAUACAAAAGAAAGAGAAACAGCAGUUUUCAAAUUUAAAAGUUCUGAGUCGCUCCCCAAUGUCUGAUGCCUCUGUUACUUGUGAGUACAAGUCUCAGUCUUCAUUUGUUAGCAGCACUGAUCAGGAAGAGAAAAUUACAGAUUUGGCCAGUCAUUGUAUCCUUCAGAAGGACCUCUAUCCAGCUGAAGACGCUGACCACCUUUUUCCUAGGAAAAUGACUUCCCAUAAUGGGAUGGAGGAUAGUGGAGGUGGAGGCACGGGGGUGAAGAAGAAACGGAAGAAAAAGGAUCCAAGUGAACAAGAAGCUGUGGAGAAAGAAGUCAAGGAUAGAGAACCGAAACCAAAGAGGAAGAGAGAACCUAAAGAACCAAAAGAACCUAAAAAGGCCAAAGAGCCUAAAAAGCAGAAGGAGCCGAAACAAAAGGAGACUGUUAAGAAAGCUAGGAAACCAAGAGAGCCCAGACUCUCCAAGGAUGCUAAAGACAAAAGGGGCAGCACAGAUUCUACACCCAGGAUGAAAACCAAGAAGGCCAGUAAGGAGCAAGGACCAACCCCUGUAGAGAAAAGGAAGAAAGGGAAGAGGAAAAAUGAUACAUCUGUGGAAAACUUAGAGUUGGAUCAGGGCCUACUGAGUCCAUCUAAUCGGAACCCAGAGGAAUCCACUGAAUCUGCUGACAGCCAGAAACGGCGCUCAGGACGACAGGUGAAGAGAAGAAAGUAUAAUGAAGACCUGGACUUCAAAGUGGUGGAUGAUGAUGGGGAAACAAUUGCAGUUCUAGGGGCUGGUCGCACUUCAGCUCUCUCCGCUUCCACUUUGGCCUGGCAAGCAGAGGAGCCUCCAGAAGAUGAUGCUAAUAUCAUUGAGAAGAUUCUGGCAUCCAAGAUGGUACAGAAGGAGGUUCACCCUGGGGAACUUCCUUUUGACAUGGAGCUAUUCUACGUCAAGUACAGGAACUUUUCCUACUUGCAUUGUAAAUGGGCAACAAUGGAAGAGCUGGAAAAAGAUCCUCGAAUCUCUCAGAAGAUAAAGCGCUUCAGAAAUAAGCAAGCACAAAUGAAGCACAUUUUUACUGAGCCUGAUGAAGAUUUGUUCAAUCCAGACUAUGUAGAAGUUGAUCGUAUCUUAGAAGUGGCUCACACCAAGGACUCCGAUACAGGGGAAGAGGUGACUCAUUAUUUAGUGAAAUGGUGUUCCCUGCCAUAUGAAGAAAGCACCUGGGAAUUGGAAGAAGAUGUUGAUCCAGCUAAAGUGAAAGAAUUUGAGUCUCUUCAAAUUCUUCCUGAAAUUAAACAUGUGGAGCGUCCAGCUUCAGAUUCAUGGCAGAAACUCGAAAAGUCUCGGGAGUACAAGAACAAUAACCAACUUCGAGAAUACCAGCUCGAGGGGAUGAACUGGCUCCUUUUUAACUGGUAUAAUAGAAAAAACUGUAUUUUGGCUGAUGAGAUGGGCCUAGGGAAAACCAUUCAGUCCAUCACAUUUCUCUCAGAAAUAUUCCUGAUGGGAAUACAUGGUCCUUUCCUCAUUAUUGCUCCACUGUCCACCAUUACCAACUGGGAACGAGAAUUCCGGACAUGGACAGAGAUGAAUGCCAUUGUGUAUCAUGGAAGCCAGAUUAGCAGGCAGAUGAUCCAACAAUAUGAGAUGCUCUACAGAGAUGCCCAGGGCAACCCCCUCUCUGGAAUCUUCAAAUUCCAUGUUGUUAUCACAACAUUUGAGAUGAUAUUGGCUGAUUGCCCAGAGCUGAAGAAGAUUCAUUGGAGUUGUGUGAUAAUUGAUGAAGCACACAGACUGAAAAACAGGAACUGCAAACUUCUGGAGGGAUUGAAACUCAUGGCUUUGGAACAUAAAGUGCUGCUGACUGGAACUCCCUUACAAAACUCCGUAGAAGAACUCUUUAGCUUACUGAAUUUCCUCGAACCAUCACAGUUUCCUUCAGAGACAGCUUUUCUGGAGGAAUUUGGAGAUCUGAAGACAGAGGAACAAGUGAAGAAGUUGCAGUCCAUUUUGAAGCCCAUGAUGUUGCGGCGGCUAAAAGAUGAUGUGGAAAAGAACCUAGCUCCCAAACAAGAGACAAUCAUUGAAGUAGAGUUGACUAAUAUCCAGAAAAAGUAUUAUCGAGCCAUUUUAGAGAAGAACUUUUCCUUCCUGGCCAAGGGGGCAAAUCAGCAUAACAUGCCUAAUCUCAUCAACACCAUGAUGGAGCUGAGAAAGUGCUGUAAUCACCCUUAUUUGAUCAAUGGAGCAGAAGAGAAAAUUCUGGAAGACUUUCGUAAAACGCAUAGUCCUGAUUCUUUGGACUUUCAGCUGCAGGCCAUGAUUCAGGCAGCAGGCAAACUGGUGCUAAUUGAUAAACUACUCCCCAAGCUCAUUGCUGGUGGACAUAAAGUGCUCAUCUUCUCCCAGAUGGUGCGUUGCCUUGAUAUACUAGAAGAUUAUCUCAUCCAGAGACGAUAUACAUAUGAACGGAUUGAUGGCCGAGUACGAGGAAACCUGCGCCAAGCCGCUAUCGAUCGUUUCUGUAAGCCAGACUCAGAUCGCUUUGUCUUUCUCCUGUGUACCCGAGCUGGAGGCCUUGGUAUCAAUCUCACUGCUGCUGAUACCUGCAUCAUUUUUGAUUCAGAUUGGAACCCACAAAAUGAUUUGCAGGCUCAAGCUCGUUGUCACCGAAUAGGUCAAAGCAAGGCUGUCAAGGUCUAUCGUCUCAUUACUCGAAAUUCCUAUGAACGAGAAAUGUUUGACAAAGCCAGUCUGAAGCUGGGCCUGGACAAAGCUGUCCUGCAGGAUAUUAAUCGGAAAGGAAGCACAAAUGGGGUACAGCAGCUCACAAAAAUUGAGGUAGAAGAUUUACUUCGGAAAGGAGCUUAUGGAGCCUUAAUGGAUGAAGAAGAUGAAGGCUCCAAAUUUUGUGAAGAAGACAUAGAUCAAAUCCUACAAAGAAGAACCCAUACUAUCACCAUCCAAUCUGAAGGAAAGGGAUCUACCUUUGCCAAGGCUAGCUUUGUGGCUUCAGGGAAUAGGACUGACAUUUCCUUAGAUGACCCCAACUUUUGGCAGAAAUGGGCUAAAAUAGCUGAACUGGAUACUGAUGCAAAGAAUGAGAAGGAAAGCUUAGUGAUCGACCGGCCCCGUGUGAGAAAGCAGACCAAACACUACAACUCCUUUGAGGAGGACGAGCUGAUGGAAUUUUCUGAGUUAGACAGUGACUCUGAUGAAAGGCCCACCCGAUCAAGGCGGCUAAACGAGAAAACCCGGCGCUACCUCCGGGCAGAAUGCUUCCGGGUAGAGAAGAAUCUGCUCAUCUUCGGGUGGGGACGGUGGAAGGACAUUUUGACUCAUGGAAGAUUCAAGUGGCAUCUUAAUGAAAAAGACAUGGAGAUGAUCUGCCGGGCUCUUCUAGUAUACUGUGUCAAACACUACAAGGGAGAUGAGAAGAUUAAGAGUUUCAUAUGGGAUCUUAUCACACCUACAAAAGAUGGACAGAACCAGGCACUCCAGAAUCACUCAGGAUUAUCUGCCCCAGUCCCCAGAGGGAGAAAGGGAAAGAAGACAAAGAAUCAGAUGCUACUUCCAGAGUUAAAGAAUGCAGAUUGGUUAGCCACCUGCAACCCUGAAGUUGUCUUGCAUGAUGACAGCUACAAGAAGCAUCUUAAACAACAUUGCAAUAAGGUGCUUCUUCGAGUUCGGAUGCUAUACUACCUGAAAUCUGAAGUUCUGGGAGAAGCAGCAGAUAAAGCAUUUGAAGGAAUCUCUGCCAGAGAGUUAGAUGUUUUAUUGCCUGAUAUUGACUACGUGGAGAUUCCAGUGGAUUGGUGGGAUGCAGAGGCCGAUAAGUCGCUUCUUAUUGGAGUGGUCAAGCAUGGUUAUGAAAGGUAUAAUGCUAUGCGAGCAGAUCCAGCUCUUUGCUUCCUGGAAAAAGUUGGAAUGCCAGAUGAAAAGUCCCUUUCUGCAGAACAAGGUGUCACUGAUGGUUCACAAGACAUUUCAGAGAGAAGCAAUCUGGAUAAAGAUGAUCAUACUGAAGAUAAAUUAGAUGGUCUGCAGAAACAGUUGGAGGAUACCAGUUUUGGUGAAAGUGAGAAGAAGGAUGAAAUCAUGGCAGCCCAGGAUGGCUCCGACCCAGACAGAUCACCGUGGCCCGUUUCCUCAGCCCUUACUGCUCGGUUGAGACGCCUGGUCACUGUUUACCAACGUUGUAAUCGCAAGGAACCCACUCGAGCUGAAAUUUUAGGCUCAGGUAACCAGGGAUAUUGGGUCCAGGAAGAUAUGUUUAGAAGAGCUACUGAAAUGGACCCUAUCAACAAGGAUAUCCAAAAAAGAUGGACAAGAAGAGAACAAGCAGAUUUCUAUAGAACAGUGUCCUCCUUUGGAGUUGUCUAUGACCAAGAAAAGAAAUCCUUUGAUUGGACCCAAUUUCGAGUCAUCUCACGCUUAGACAAGAAGACAGAUGAAAGUCUAGAAAAAUAUUUUUAUAGUUUUAUGGCCAUGUGUAGAAAUGUUUGUCGCCUCCCCAUGUGGAAAGAUGAUGGUCCACCAGAUCCCACACUCUAUGUUGAACCAAUCACGGAAGAACGUGCUGCAAGAACUCUCUACCGCAUUGAACUUCUGCGGAAGGUCCGAGAGCAAGUACUGAAAUACCCUCAGUUGCAUGAACGCCUCCAGCUCUGCAGACCUAGCCUCUAUCUGCCAGUCUGGUGGGAGUGUGGGAAGCAUGACCGAGACUUACUCAUUGGCACAGCUAAGCAUGGACUCAGUCGUACUGACUACUACAUCAUGAAUGAUCCACAGCUAUCCUUUCUGGAUGCCUAUAGAAACUAUGCUCAGCACAGAAGAACUGAAACUCAGGGCCCAGACAAUGCGUGUUGCCUCUACCAGACUAACUCCAGACUUUAUGAAUCCCUUACAUAUACUCAAAUGGGAAGGACUUGUGAGUCCCUAGAUACAGAACAUGAAAAUCAAAUAAAGAUGGAAAGCAUGGGUGAUAAUCUCAGCCACACUGAAAGCAACUUACCUGAUGUAACAUGUGAAAAUUUUAUUUCUAAAGUUCAGGAUAUCAUUUCUAUUAACCAUGAUGAAAGCUUAUUACCUGAUUCUUUAGAGUGUAUGAUGUUUGGUGAAAAAGUUUUCAACAGUGAGCCAAGUUCUUUCAUUCAAGAGAACCUAAGCAGCACUGAUUGCAAGAAAGAUGUUUCUUUAGCCUUAGCAAGCAAAAAUAAAGAGAACCAACCAGGUAGCCUUGAAGUGGAGAUAGGUACAAACCGCUGUUCUUUGAGUAAUUUGGAAGCAAAAAUAGAACAAAUGAGCAAUAAAAAUGAAAAGCAUUUGUCUCUCCUCACUAUAAAGGACCUGGACUCUAACAAGUACAUACCUGCUCCAAGACAUGAAAUUGUAAGACAUCCUGAAGCAAAAUAUGGUAUUCCCCAAACCAUAGAGCAAGGGAAUGUAAGUAGAUUAAUGGAAAUGUGUAGCCUUAGUGUUUGUAAUUCUGAAAGAAAACUCUCUUCAGGGCAACAGCUAAUUGAUUUGUUAGGAAAUAAAAGUCUAGAAGGUAAAUUAAUGUUGACUCGGAAUCAUAGUGAUGAAGAAGAGGAGGAAGAGGAAGAAGAAGAGGAGGAAAAUUCAGAAGUAGGAACACAAAUAAGAGAAAGACCAGAGAGUAUAGGUCAAACUGAUCUUGAUAUUAACAUACCAAAUGAAAUGAGAGGCUUCACUAUAGAUAAAACUAAGGAAAGGGUCCCCGAGACCCAAAACUGUGAUCCUGCAGAGCUAAGACGUAUGGAUCAAACAGUAUGUAAAUGUCACUGCAAACCUAUAGACAGGUGGAAAAAUCAGGGUGACACUAUGGACUUUGAAAUGGAAAAAACCAGGUUUCCCGAUCCAGGCUUAUACAAAGGUAAAGCUGUUAACACUAUUGCUGUGGAAUACAAAGGUGGAAACAAAACUCUUUUAUCAGAGCCCUUGAAAGUAGAUCAUGAAUUUUUAAAAGAAGAUUCCUGGGAAGAUAAGGCAGAAAGGCGAAGAGGUUAUACUACAUGUCCUCUUGAAAGGAGUGAUCUAAAACAAGAAGAUGUGGACUUUGAGAAUAAGGAAGAUGAUGAUGAUAAAGAUGGAAAUUUACAGGGUCAAGAUUAUCCAGGAAAAUAUUCUGAAGAAGAAAGUAAGAGCUCUACCUCUGGAAUAGCAGGAGACAUUGGAGACGAGCUCCAGGAAGCCCGAGCACCAACCAUUGCUCAGCUUUUGCAAGAAAAAACUCUUUAUUCCUUCUCUGAAUGGCCAAAGGAUCGAGUGAUAAUCAACCGCAUAGAUAAUAUCUGCCAUGCAGUCUUAAAAGGCAAGUGGCCUUCUAGCCAACAAUAUGAAAUGCCAAGCACACUUCCUGCUCCAGUGUUAAUCAGCAGUCCUGGCUCACGAAACAGCCUUGCAGAGCAAGAAACACCAGGCCCCAAUUUCAGCAAUGGAGCUGCAUUAGUCACACAGAUCCCAAAGGAAGGUCUUGAGUGGAAAGACUGGGAGACAAAGGGUAGCCCUAAACCCAGGAUCACACUGGUCAGUGGCAGAGCUAGAGAAAAUUUCCUGGCUCCAGUGUUUGCCAAGGAUGAACGAAAACACAGACGACCCUAUGAGUUUGACAUGGAGAGAGAUUUGAAGGCACGGAGCCUAGAGCAGCUCUCUGCUUCCCAUGGACACCCACCUAUUGUGCUCAAUGGCUGGCGUGGGGAGUCAGCCAUAGACCUGUCUUGUACCCCUGAUGGUUCCCCAGCAACUACUUCCCCUUUCCCAUUGAGCACCAGCACACCCAAGAUUGGAACAGUCAGCACCCUUCAAGGAUCCCUUGGUAUGGAUUUGUCUGGAAUUUUGCAAGCUGGAUUAAUUCACCCUGUUACAGGACAGAUUGUCAAUGGAACCUUAAGAAGAGAUGAUGCUGCCAUGAGGAGACGAAGAGGGAGAAGGAAAAAUGUGGAAGGUGGAAUGGAUCUCAUCUUUUUGAAAGAUAGAACACUUCAGACAGGAAUUUUGGAGGUCCAAGAAGAGCAAGAGCAGCCCUCACCAAGCAGCACCCUCCCUGAUGGGCCAAUCUCGGCUACUUCAUCUCCUCACACAGUCACAACAACCAGUGUCCCAGCUGAGAAGACGAUUCCCAACAAGAGUUUGUUGGACUGGUUAAGGCAACAAUCUGAUUAUGCAUUAGAAGUUCCUACCUUUGGGGCAAAUUUUUCAGACAAACCGAAGCAGAGAAGACAGCGUUGUAAAGAACCAGGAAAAUUGGAGAUGGGCUCCCUAAGUGGAGAAGAAAGAGUCCCUGCUGUCCAUAAGGAGACAGGACGGCAGGGCUUUCUACCAGAAAAUAAAUUCAGUCAGAUUCUAACUGAGCCAGUUCUACGAGAUGCUGGUCCUCGAAGGAGAGGAAGGCGCCCACGAAGUGACCUAAUUAAGGCUCCUGGCAUUGUGGCAGACUCUCCCUCAGGAAUGGGACCACUGUUCAUGAAUGGACUCAUUGCCGGAAUGGAUCUAGUGGGACUUCAGAAUAUGAGGAAUAUGCAAGGCAUCCCUCUCACAGGACUGGUUGGGUUCCCUGCUGGCUUUGCAGCAGUGCCUGCUGGAGAGGAUGUCAAAAGUACCCUCAGCAUGUUGCCUAUGAUGCUACCAGGCAUGGCAGCUGUACCCCAGAUGUUUGGUGUUGGGGGACUUCUGAACACACCGAUGACAACUACCUGUACUUCAACAGUUCCAACGUCUUUAACAAGCACAACUAAAAGUGGUACGUCAAACACAGAAAAGGCUGCUGAUGACAAACAGAACAGCCAUGACGUAAAAAAAGAUACUUUAGCUGAAGACAAGCCUAUUCCUAGCUCCUUUUCAGAUCAGUCUGAACCUGCAAUAACUACCAGUAGUCCUGUAGCUUUUAACCCUUUUCUCCUACCAGGAAUGUCUCCUGGACUGAUCUACCCAUCAAUGUUUCUCUCUCCCGGCAUUGGCAUGACAUUGCCAGGCAUGCAGCAGACCAGACAUUCUGAGAACACAAGCCUAGAAAGCCAGAAGAGGAAGAGAAAGAAAGCGAAAGGGGAUAUCCUGAAUCCAGACCCAGAGACUAUUCCCAUAUCAGAAAAAGAAUCUGGAAAUGGUCAGAACUGUUCUGAGCACACCCCACUUUUGCCCUCAGAUAAAGAACAUGAUGUACAAGCUGAGCAAAGCAAUUUAAAAGGAACUCAUAGUGACACCAAUUAGAACUUUAUUUCAUUAAGAAAAUUAUUGUGGCUUGUAAGUUUCUUAUCCCGUAAAGAUUUGUUAUUUCCCUCACUUCACCUUCAUAAAAACCUGUGUUCCAUAAGUAAUAUUACCUACCUAAUUCCCUGUCCAGAAACUAUGAUAACAGUUAUUAAUAGUUUCAGGGUCUCGCCACUUUAUUAGAUAAAAGUGUUGUCUAGCUAGUCUGGGAGGCACAGAAUUCUUAUUCUGUUAUCCAGUUGUUCAUUCCAGCAAACAAUAGUAAAUUCAGUACUUGGUGACAUGCCCUACCCCAUUCCCUUCCAAAUUUUUUACUUAUUUGGUAGAAAGAAAAAGGCAAAAGAAAGCAUGUGUCUAGUAUCCACAAUUAAAAUGCAGAAGGACAGAAACAAGGGUAAUAAAACCUUUUUCUGUGAGUUACACUAAAUGGAAAACAAAUAAACCAGUAUUGGGGGACCAGAAGCACAUCUGUAUUAUGUGCUAAUAUGUAUUUUUGAUUUACUUUUCCCUAUGUUAUCAUGAUUACUAGCUGAGUAGUAUAGACAGAGGUAUAUAACUAAUGAUUGAAAACAUAUAUUCAUUUCUUUUAAAAAAAAAAAAAAAAACAUAACUGGUAGCAAUAUAAUUUCCCCCUUUCCUGGCUUUUCAGGUACAUGAAACAAGUGGAGAUGUUGUUUUAUACUUUAUUAAAUGACAAUUUCAAUUUAUUUUCAGUUCCCUCUUUCCCCACAGUUGAAAAAAAUUUUUUUCUCAGUUUGACUGAGGAAGCUUUACACAUGGUAGGCUAUGGGCAGAGGGGCAAAGGGGAGGAACAGUCACAUUACUUACAGCCUAUUACUUUAGAAUUAUACUGGUAUUUUAUUCUUAUCUAUGGCAUUAAUAUUCUUUACAGAGGGUUGGGCUUUUUUGUUUUUAGAUUUUUACUGGUAACGAAUUCACCCCCUCUGAAUCCAAGGAAUGUGGAAACGUAAUAGAUUUUAUUUUGCCUUGUUCCUUACCCAAAAGGGUGCCUCUGCUGAAACCUACAAGAAAUAGUCCAAUAGAAUGGCAGCUUUUAUGUUUUUGGAAGGUCCUUUGUCAUGACCAUUGAAGUUUUUCAAAACUUGAGUGUGUCCCCUCUGUCACCAGCACCACCACCAGUAUCCUGCCUUUUAUAAUGUUAGACUGUGAAAGUUUAUUUUUUUCUUCCCACUUCUUUAUGUCUUCUCUGUUAUAUUUGUAUAUUGGACAAUUGGAUACAAACAGCAAAUUAUUGAGAUAGUCAAGAAUAUGUUACAAAUUAACAUUAUUUUUGAUUCUUCCUUAGACUCUCAAUCUUCAGAAGCUUGGCCUAAGAAGAAACCACCCUUCUCCACCAGCCAGUUAACAUUUUUUCAGUCCCCUUAGUCUAGCUUCUUUGUAGAAUUCAUGACCUGAGACUUGAAAUAAACUCAUAGUGGUGGAGUGCACUGGGGGCAGUGGACAGUGCAGCAGGACAGUUGGAAAUGUUGGAAGUAUUGCUAGUGUCCAUUUUGUUGUCACAAUUUACUGUAUUUUUUACAUUUUUCUGUUACAGUUUUGCUAAUUUAUCAGAAGGUCCAAAUGUUUGACAUAACUAUUUCAGUUUGCAUUAUUUAUUUAUGAUGCUUGUCAUUGUCUUUUAUACAUUUGGGAUUAUAAAUUAUGUACGUGUUAAAAUUAGCAUCUCAAAGAAGUCUGUUAAACCAUUACUGAAAACCAACCAAGUGUAUUUUCAGAAACUAGAUUCCCAGUUUCACGGAUCAGAGGAGUAAAUCAGAAAUUAUGUAACUGAUCAUAUAGCAAAGAAGCCAAUAAUUAAACAUGUUGUAUUUAAUAACACCCUUGUAGCAUAGCUGCUGUAUAAUGCUAUCUAUCCACAGAUUUCUUAGAAAUGCUGCUCUCUAUUUAACUAACAUUUUGUUCAGUUUUGCCUCCAGUGGAAGCAGAAAGGGUUUUUUCAGCUGUUAAAUCCAAAAUCAAUAUAAUUUAUUUAUGUAAAAAAAAAUUCGAUUGAUAUAUUUUUGAACCUUUAAGUACUAAUUUUCUUUUUAUCAAGUAGAAGAAAAAACUGUAUUUGCCCUAAAUCCUUAAAAUACAAAUGCUAUAAAACUUCAUAUAUUUUGAAAGCCUUACUGAAAAUGAGUAUUAUACACAUCUAUGCAGAGUUGGGAGGGUGGGGGUAGUAGUUUCUAUGGGAAAUUUGCUUUAUCCCAGGUUGCACCAUCAGUAGGAAAUGGUUCAAUAUAGAUUUUAUUUAAAUAGCUAACAGCAUGCCAAGUUUCUUGUUUCUUCCCUAUCAGACAUGUAUACUAACUCUCUGGGUAUCUGGACUUAUAUUUUACUGCUCUUGUGACCCUGUUUGCAAAAUGAAAAUGAUACACUAUGGAUUAUUUUCUCUGUAAGGCUUUAGUGGCUUCUUAUGACUAUUUUGAUAUCCAUUUCCAAAAGCAAAAUCCAAAUUUAAACUUUCCUUCCAUAACUUGGAUCUUUUCAUUUAAAAUCCAUGUCAUUCAUAAACAUAAUUUCUCUUGAUCAUUCUUCAUCCAUAUCGUACUAUAUAAUAAAUUGUCUGUGGUCUUGACCCUGGAUAAAAAAAAAAAAAAGUUGAAAAAUCAGAUUUUUAUUUGAGGUUUUUAGUGAUACUUUGUUAUCUUCUGCAGAUUUGACACACUUUUACUAUACCAGAUGGGUUUAUGUGGUGCCUAGGGUCAUGUAUUCAUGUAUUCAUUGGUGAUGAAACAGUGAUGCUUUUUUUCAAUUUAGCAGCCGUCCAAAAAUCAAGCCUGAUUAAAUAGUUUAUGAGGAUGGAUGAAGAAGGAAGAGUAGCCAUUUGCCAAGAUUGGUGUCCCUAAGGGAGCCAGUUAGGAAAUACUUGUCUUCUCCAAACUGUGGAGCUCCAGUCGGAAAACUACCCUUUCUGAGUUUCAGGUGGGUUUCAUCUUUGAUGGGUUGAAGCAGAUAUUUUGCCUCCAUAAAAUCUCAAUCUAGGAUAAACUACUAAGAAGUUUCAUUGUGACUUUUGUUUGCAUUUAAAAAGUCUUUCAAGAAAGCCCCUAGUAAGAGAAGUUCCAAAUCUUCCCCUUGUAGCAUGAGCCAUCAAGUUUCAGUAUUUCUUCAUUGAAGAAAGCCUAGGCUUUACUCUAACUGGUUUCUAAAGGGAAUUCAAUACAAGAAAAGUAACACAGGAAGUACAAAAAUGGGGUCUUGUUAAUCUUUGAUCUCUCCCCAGGUUCCCAGUACAGAAUCGGCUUUCAGCAAACGUCAUGCAUACAUGUAAUAAGAAUUCCAUACUGUUCGACACCUAAGUAAUGAAUUUACGUAAAAGGGGUGUGAAAUGUUAGUUUUAUUGUUUCUUUUUUAAAACAACAUCAACUGUUAUUGAGUCAAGGGGAACAAGGAUGAAAAGACUGGUCAAGAUCAAAUCUGUCUCUAUAUUAUCUGUGGGAAAGAAAUAGAGAAAAGUUGGCAUUAUUUCCAUCUAAUUGUAAGUAGAUAGAGUUGACUUGACCUAGAUUCUAGUGGACUGGUAAAUAGAGUCCAGCUCAUUUCUGAAGUUGCUAUGACUAUUUUGUAGUGACAGCACAUUAUUCUUGCUUAUUUCUAACUGCUUACCAAAGCAUCCAUUAAUUGCUAGAUUUGGAGACUCCUAGUGUCAGAAGUUACAAAUGACAUUUCAGUAAAUUUGGAAUUCAAAGUAGGAAUAAAAAUUAAGAUCAUCUUUAAGUGCCAUGGUGUAAACAUCCUUAGGAAAAUAUCUUUUUGUGUAAUGGAUUAAUUUCCCUCAAACUCUUUAAAGUGUUGCAAUGCAAGAAUUAUUGUGCAAGAGCCUGUUGGGCCUUAUUUUCCCUUUAAAAAAAAAAAAAAAUUCUCCCAGAAACAUUGAAUUCA